CUGGCUGCUCCCCACGUGGGCUGAGUUUCCCUAUCGAGUGGCGGCGAUCAAUCGUUAGUCUCUUUGCUCGCGUCUUCCCCUGCAUCAUUCAGACUUCCAUCCUCCCCAUUUAAACUGCCAACCGGCCAUGACCUCAAUCUACGAAGGUCUAGUAGACAUGUUUUCUCUCUUUCUCGCCUUGCUGUCCUCCGGGACGCCGUCGCUGGCUCGAGAUUCCUUUUAUCCGCCCCUGAACCACACGACGUACAUCACCGACACCUCGCUAGGGCCGUACGGUGGCAUCUACGCUGCGCCUGCCGAUCAGACCAGCCCUCCUUCGAAAGACGAUGUCUACAAUUACUGCUCUAUGCCUCAUCCCCGCGCAGACACCUACGUGCUGCCUCCCCCGGUCGCAAACAACACCGUCUCGGCGCGCUUAGUCUACGUGGAGUACAUGCAGCGCCAUCAACGCCGCACGCCGUACAACAUUCUUCCCGGCGGAGAAAACAAACCUUUCAGCUGCGACAACAUCCAUCCUCAUCUCUACGCUGCCCCAGAGCAAGGGGCAUCCCCUGCCUUGGUCUACGGCCAGGCCUACUCCGACCCGGCCAAUCCCUUCCUGGCCUCGUAUGUCAACGGAUCAUGCCAGUACCCCCAGCUAACCAUCGGCGGUCUUCUCGACGGCUUCCAACACGGCCGUGACCUCCGCGCCGUCUACGGCGACAAGCUCGGCUUGCUGCCGUCCUCCCCGGACCAAGAAGCCGGCGACGCCAACGUCUGGCUGCGCUCGACUUCAUCUACGCUCACGCAGAGCUCGGCCGGCGGUGUCCUGCACGGUCUCUGGCCAGACCACGAUGGCCCCAUCCCGCUGCACCAGCAGGCCUCGGGCAUAGAUACGCUCGAUCGUGGCUUCCCCUGCUCGGCGCGCGACUCCCUCCUCUCGUCCAUCCAGUCGACUUCGGUCUGGAACGAGCACCUAAGCGUGACUGCGUCCCUGCGCGACCGUCUUGCCGCGGCCUUCGACGCCAACGAGUCCAGCUGGAUGUCGACGUUUGAUCACUUCGCGGAUAACUUCCAGGGUCGGCUAUGUAAUGGCUACGAGCUCCCGUGUAAGAAGGAUGGAUCGGAGUGCGUGACUAUCGAUGAAGCUAACACUGUCUUCCGGGCGGGCGACUGGGAGUGGAAUUACUGGUGGCGGUACAACGACGACGCGACGCGGUACAUCCAGCUCGUCGAGGGCCUGUUUAUCGGCGAGAUCGUGAAGAAACUCGAAGCUGUGCAGAAAGGCCAGUCGGAAAUUGCCUACAGCCAUACAUUCCUUCAUGAUGGGGAUAUCGGUCCCGUGUUGGGUGCGUUGGGGAUCAAGGCGCUCAGAUGGCCUGGGAUGGCGUCGAAUGUGGCCAUUGAGGUUUGGGAAAAAUCGACAUCCGACCUCUACGUCCGAGUCCUGUACAGUGGACACGCCGUCAAAACCAUUCACGGGACAUUAGAUUGGAUUCCUCUUUCUAGGCUACUGGACAUUCUGAGGCCGUUCAUCCCGGAGGAUAUUAUCUCCAUGUGUAACUCUUAACAACCUGCACGUUCUAUGUACUCUACCAAAUCGAAAUUCAAUCCGCGCAGCAAUAGCAAUACCUCCCAUCGGAACAACACUGCGGAUAGUCCCCGUGGCAGCAGACGGCUCGCGAGCAGGGCGAAGAGCAUGUAUAGCAUCCUGAUGUCGCACUG